CUCGUCCUGACGUAUUUACAACAAUUAUAUUAAUGUUUAUUUUGUAAAUACACACAAUUUAUUUUGACACAAAAAAAUACGAUACAUUAUUAUAUAAUUUUAACAUUAAAUGGAAUUACUAUAAAAUAAAGAAGACUAUUAAAAAAAAGUAGACGUAUUAGAUUGAACAGGAAGUCAUAAUUGAUACAGUUUCAAUAACAAGUAAAUUUUCAUAAAUUUUGUACAUACAUAAAUUACGAUAUUUACGUUUUCUUUAAUGAUUAUUUUCAGAGUGGAAUUUUGUCCACAUUCCAACUUUAUAUUCUCACGAUAAAAUUGCCAAAAUGAAUCGCCAUCAUAAAUUAUUACAAACCGAAGAAAUAUAUACAGAACUUAUAGAUUCAAUAAAAUCUGCUGUCAAAGGAAUACAAGAGCAAGUUACUCCUAUUAAACAAUUUCUUGGCGAUCGCAGAAAAGAAAUCAUUGAACUUAGCAGAACGGAAAAAUGGAUGGACGAUUCUUUAGAAUUUGUACAACUGUUCUACGAGAAUACUUUCAAGGAACUCAUAAGUAUUGAACGAAUAUGCGAGGAAUGUCUCGUACGUCUGAACACUAAUUUAUUAACAGCAAUAAAAGGUCGUGCGCAACCACCGUCUUAUUUAUCUCCGAAAGAGAUGAGGAAAGUUUAUAAAAUGUGUCGUGAUGCAUUCAACGAAACGAAGGAGAACGAAUUAUCCUGUCUCUGCACUUGGGAGAAUAAACCUACAUGGGAUCUCGAUGAUACUCAAGAUAUCCUAAUUAAACCAAAAGAAAUGGCACUAACCGAAUUCGACGAAUAUGACUUGAAGUUUAUUCAAGAAAUCGUUUAUCUUCGAACGCGUAUGUUCUCCUUACCAAAGAAACGAAUCGACGUGAAAAGCGGUCACGAUAUUAUUCGCGACACUGUCAAUGGUAAACAACGGGCAAGUAUUCGGUUAUCGUUGAAGACUGCAGACUUCCUUCAACUUCUUAAGCAGAGAGAAGUUCAGCGGGGGUUCUCUUACGAAAAUGAAUUAUCAAAGUUGAAGAGUUUAACAUUCGUCGAUGGAAAGUUCAAGACUAACGACACUUGGUUAAAGAUUUUAGACGUUCAGGGAGUUCUGUACGGAUCGUUGUGGCAUUUAGCGCUUCGCCCGCAAAUUGAGAAAAUUCUAACGAAACGUUUGGUACCGAUAUUACGUUUAAAUCCACGCGCCACUUUUGAUUUUUUUGCGAAGAUUACGAACUUUGCAAGUUUCGUACUAUCGAGAACGGACUUAAUAACUCUGUUGAAACAUGAGAAAGAUGCUAUUUGGUUGAAGAGCUGGAAAAAUCAGUUCAUGGCGAUAGACGGGAAACACGUUGCUGCGACAGUGAUACAAGCUUUUUGGCGUGGUUAUUGGUUACGCAGAAAGAAAUGGCUCUCAGAGUGUCUUUACAUAGCCGCGAGUCUCAUGUGGUUCUUUUGGAUCUCGUUAAAAGCAAAAAAAGAAAUGCACCGUCGUUACCUCAGGAAAAUGCUGGUCUCCUUGCAAACUACUCGAGACCUUACUCUAAAAUUAAGCAACGAAUUCGACUCUAUAACCAGGCAGCCUCAUGUAGUCUUACAUCUACCAUCCAUCGGACAUCCUAGACACUUACGUCAAGUAUUCAAUGCCAAGAUGUUCACCAUUUACCAGAACAUUACGAUCCUACGAAUUUGUUUCGUACGCAAUCCAAACGCUGAGGUGAUCUAUAUUCUCCCCGUGAAGCCUACCGAAGAUCUAUUAACGAUGUACAGCGAUUUCAUCGAGUCGAUAUCACCCGACGAAGGCGUUGCGAAACGAAUUACUUUCAUCGCUCUCUCACAAGCAGAUUGUUUUAAGAAUCUCCCUUUAAACGUCUCCAGGAUCCUCCACUGUUCUCAAGAAUCUCUAAACGAGAUUGAGAAGAAAAUCGCUGGCAAAUCGGCUUAUUUCUUGCCUUAUAUUGUCGACGAGUGCGACAUGAGAUUGGCAGGUACUCUCAAUGUUCCUCUACUGAGUCCCGAUAUGGAAAUGCAACGAAAAUUUCUAAACGCUUCUAACAUGUCUGAAAUGAUCAACAGCUUUGGCCUUUCGCAGCCACCGUAUAAGAGUAACAUAACGGAUUAUGAAACACUCUGUUCGUCGUUGUCCGAGUUAAUGGUGCUUCAUACUGAAAUUAGUAUGUGGUUGAUCAAGUUGAAUUACGGUACGACUAGUAAACAGAGUGGAAUUUUUCUAAUUAAUCAUAUUAGCGUACCAUUUAUGCCGAUGUUGAGACGGGAACGAGAGAAACACGGCGAUUAUUGGAUGGAGCAGCCAAGCUUGAGGGCUGAAUUUCUUCAGAAAAUGAGGGAACAUAUACCGAAAAUCAUACCAAAUGUGAUUCGGUUGUCGAAGAUGUAUAGUACUUGGGCGAUGUUCUACGCUCAUAUGCAGAAAUUUGGGUGUUUGCUGCAGGCUGUUCCGCCGGAAAAGAAUCCUAAGACGAUUAUGGUUUCUUUCUUUGUUCCUGGGAAAGCGACUAAAAAGAAACCGAAGUGGUUGGGGACUGCGGAUAAGAUAAAUUUAGAAGCCACACAUUCGACGACUAUUUACAUGUUACCUCAAACUUCUUUGGAUAUCGAUAAGAUAAAACCGACGGUGAAUAAAUUCGCUAGAGGUAUGCAAGAUAAGGGAUAUUUUGGUUACUUAGCCGUCGAUUGCUAUUGUUAUUUGCGUAAGCAAGAGGAGAUUCUGAUGGUAUUGUUAUUGAACGUAUUCCCUUAUUACUCUUACUGCCAAAAUUACAUCGAUUGGAUGGAAUUCGCGAUCGGAGGACGCUAUAAUGAUCGGGAUGAUGAAUUUACGAUCGAUACUUCAAUAGUCCCAGAUGUGGAGAAAAGGAAAUCACCUUUCUUAUAUAUGGAAAAGCCACCUCAAUGGAAUAACACUGCAGAAAGAUACGCGAUCGCAAUUACUCAAUUGCAUCACAGUAAAUUUCCAGCUUACCGAUGGCCAACCCUUAAAAAUCUGUUCGAAGAAUGUGACAUUGCAUAUGAUAGAAAAAAACGUCAAGGAUCUAGUAUAAUAUUACACGAUGGUGAAAUUCGAAAUUUCGGCAAGAUGGUUGCUGUUAGUCCUUCUAUGACCGCUACGUUAACAAUGAUGCAUAAAAAUCUGACGAAAUUGCAUCGAAUUCUGAAGAAAUCGAAGACGAAGUCAGAAACGAAUUUACCAACCCUCAUUGAUUUCUUUUUAAAACUCUCUCUUGACUAUAGGAAUUUGGCUACUGACAAGUGUUUGUCACAUUCUUAAAU